AGUAAUUCAAGUGGUCACACACCGCAGACAACACACGUCAUUUAACUGUUUUCAACUCCCUCAAACGUGGGUGCCUUGCUUCUCUUUUAUCUCCUCCUAAUCUCUUCCUCCACUCGUUAAAAAAGUUCCAUAAUCUUUCAAAACUCAACUUGUCUUCUUUGAAUUCAAUGUCCAGAGCGUGAACAUGAACUUGGGUACACCUAGUAGUAAUCAAAACCAAAGCCUCCUCUAUUCUAUUGUACUCAAGUUGAAUCUGUUUGUUCUAUAAGUAGCCCAUCUUUUUUCUUGUGCUUACAUUUAUUCCCUCAUCAAGUAUGGCAACCAUGACAUUGUCUAAAAUUCUCCUUUUGGCCUUCGCUUUCUUCUUUACAUACAUUGAAGGAAGAGUUCAUGGAAAAACUAAACCAAAACACUUGCACAUUGUUUCUCUCAUUUCACUACCACCUGCUCCUGCUCCUGCCCCUGCUCCUCAGGCUGCCAGUCCAAGUUACUAUACAGAUUCUCCAAGUCCUGGUCCUAGCCCUAAUCUUGUUCGAAGUCUUGCCAACGUCUACAAUGUACUAUCUUUUGGUGCUGUUGGUGAUGGUGACACAGAUGAUACACAAGCAUUCAAGAUGGCUUGGGACACUGCUUGCUUUCAGAAUGAACCAGCCAUUCUACUUGCUCCUGAUGACUAUUCUUUCAUGAUACAGCCUACUGUCUUUACCGGACCUUGUAAAACUAGCCUUGUGUUCCAGAUUGAUGGAACUAUAAUGCCACCAGAUGGGCCUGAAUCAUGGCCAAGUAAGACGAACAAGAGACAAUGGCUAGUGUUUUACAAGAUCGAUGGAAUGUCAAUGCAAGGAGGUGGUGUUAUAGAUGGCAGAGGAGAGAAAUGGUGGAAUCUACCCUGCAAGCCUCACAAAGGGCCUAAUGGCGCAACACUUCCUGGCCCUUGUGAUAGCCCAGUUGCUAUGAGGUUUUUCAUGAGCUCUAAUUUGAUAGUCCAAGGACUUGAAGUGAAGAACAGUCCCCAAUUCCAUUUUCGGUUUGAUAACUGUCAAGAUGUCACUGUACAAAUGCUCAGCAUUAAAUCACCACCUCUAAGCCCAAAUACAGAUGGGAUUCACAUAGAGAACACAAACAAUGUCCAAAUAUACAAUUCAGUCAUAUCCAAUGGUGAUGACUGUGUAUCAAUUGGAGCUGGUUGUCAUAAUGUCGACAUAAAGAACAUUACCUGUGGUCCAAGCCAUGGCAUAAGCAUUGGCAGCCUUGGAAUCGGCAACUCGAGGGCAUGCGUGUCGAACAUCACGGUGAGAGAUUCGGUAAUCAAGCAUUCUGAUAAUGGUGUCCGGAUUAAGACAUGGCAGGGAGGAUAUGGUUCUGUAUCUAAAAUCUCUUUCCACAACAUUAACAUGGAAACGGUCCGCAAUCCAAUAAUCAUAGACCAAUACUACUGCCAGACCAAGAACUGCACUAACCAAACAAGUGCAGUUCACAUAUCUGAUAUUUUGUACACAAGCAUUAAGGGUACAUAUGAUGUUAGGAGUCCACCCUUGCACUUGGCUUGCAGUGAUUCAGUCCCAUGCACUAACCUCGAGUUAGCAGAAAUAGAGUUGCUUCCUGCUCAUGGCCAAUUUGUGGCAGAUCCAUUUUGCUGGAAUGCUUAUGGGGCAAUGCAGAAUCUUACCAUCCCGCCAAUUUCUUGCUUGCUGGAUGGAAUCCCACAAUACAUAGGGCAAAACACUAUAGAUCAGUACUGUCAGAAUAAUUUGUAUUAGACCUGUAUGUAAAAGUAGCUAGAUGUAGUUACUUGUCAAAGAAGAGAAGGCUAUCACUGCAUAACAUGGAAUUAGAGGUUUUAGUUCAAGAAAAUUGCACCCUGAUCCAUGUUAUAUGAAACCUCUUGAAGAUCGAGUUGCAUCAAACAAGUGCGGUGACUAUUGGCUAUCAGUUCAAGUCUUCCAAUCCAA